AUGCCAAAUGCGCGGGAGGACCCCACGUCGGGCGACCACGUGGUGGCGGUGAGCGCCGGUUCGAGCCACACCGUGGCCCUUCUCAACACCGGGCACACGCUCGCGUGGGGCAACGGCGAGGACGGGCAGCUCGGGAUGGGCGACCCGCAGCCGCGCUUAGUGCCCACGAUCGUGCCCGCGCUCACGGGGAAGGGAAUCACGGCGGUGUACAGCGGUGCGGAGCACACAGUGGCGCACUGCCCCGCCCAGAAGCUCGUGUACUCCUGGGGCUGGGGCGAUUUCGGGCGACUGGGCCACGGGCACUCGAACGACGUCUUCGUGCCGCUUCAGAUUUCGUCCCUUUCCGGCAUCGCUAUCAAGCGCGUUGCUUGCGGCGACAACCAUACCAUGGCGAUCACCGCGAACGGGACGCUCUUCGCGUUCGGGCGGAACCAGAACGGCCAGCUCGGCCUCGGGCACACGGAGGACGUCCUGACGCCGACGAUCGUCGAGAACCUGAAGGACACGCGCGUCGGGGACGUGUCCUGCGGGGCGGAGCACACCGUCGCGUGUAGCGGCGACGGGACCGCGAUCUACGCGUGGGGCUGGGGGCGGUACGGCAACCUCGGCAACGGCGACCGCGAGGACCGCCACGUCCCCACCAAGGCCGAGGGCCUGCCGGAGAACGUCACGGUGGAGUCGGUGGCGUGCGGGUGGCGGCAUUCCGUCGCAGUGUGCAAGGGCGGCGCGGUGUACACGUUCGGGUGGGCCAAGUACGGCCAGCUCGGCCACGGCGACCGCAUUGACUGCCUCCGACCCAAGCUGCUCGAGGCGAUCAAAAACGUCACCUUCGUGGCCGGCGGCUGGCGCCACACAGCGGCGCUGUGCGAGGACGGGCUGGUGUACACGUGGGGCUGGAACAAGUUCGGGCAGCUGGGGCUCGGCGACGACGAGGACCGCGACGUCCCGUGCCUGGUCGCGAUGUCGGAGCGCACCCCCGUGCUGUCAGUGAAGUGCGGGUGGCGGCACACAGUCGCGCUGACACGCUGCCACAAGGUCUUCUCGUGGGGCCGGGGCGUCGACGGGCAGCUCGGGCACGGCGCCACGGACGACGCGCUGCUCCCGCGCGAGCUCGAGGUGCUCUCCGCGCCCCGGCUCCGCGUACAGGACCUGCCUGCGGGCCCCGUAGCUGCGGUCGACCAGGAGGUGGACGCGAUGGACCAGGGGUACGCGGUGGUGCCGGAGGAUCCGUCGGCGAAGCGGCAGAAGGUGUAG